AUGGAAGCCGGAGAAUCGUUUUUGUCUUGUGCUGUGACUAUGGAAUGGAUGACACCUCAAGGAUCAAUAUCUAGGAAGAUUAAUUACAAAACGGCAUCACUGCGAUUGAUACGAAAUGAGUUUCGUGAAAUAUUUAUGGAGAUAUCGAAUGAUAAAAGUGCUGCAGUCAAGUUAGCUUUAAAGAGUAUUAAUGUGUUUAAAAAGUUUAUGGCAGAAGGUAAGGCUAGUGUAAAAUUUCAAGAUGCUGGUUGUACUUUGUUUAUAUCGAACGCUCCACCGACAAAUCUCGUGUCGUUCCUACGGACUAUAUUUGUUAAAAUGACCGGUGAUAAAGAACAGAGUGCAAAUACUACUCCUUCUAAACAAAGUAUGAGAUCGAAGUUAUUGAGUUCUAAAGCUCAGGCAUUUGAGGAAAUAAGCCCUGUAACUGUGGCUGAUGUGCACAAUGCUAAGAAAAAAAUUUCGAAGGCAACGGUUACAACGCCUUCCCCACCUUCUAAAAAGCGUAAAAUGGAUGAAAGUUCCAGAGGUCCUGCUCCUAAAAAGCUGUAUUCGCCAUCGCCACUGACAACAACUAGUACCCUGAAUCCUGAACAGCAGAGAGUAUUGGAAGCUUGUUUGAGUGGGAAAAAUGUAUUCUUUACUGGAUCUGCCGGUACAGGCAAAAGUUUUCUAUUGAAAAGAAUAGUAGCAGCUUUGCCACCAGAUGUGACUGUCCCAACUGCAUCAACAGGAGUGGCUGCUUGUCAUGUUGGUGGUACAACCCUUCAUGCAUUUGCUGGUAUUGGAGAUGGCAGUGGGACAUUGGAAAACUUAUGUGAAAAGGCAGUGAAGCUUCCACUUGUUGCUCAAAAGUGGAGGAAGUGUAAACACCUCAUUAUUGAUGAAAUAUCUAUGGUGGAUGGCAUUUUCUUUGAGAAAUUAGAAGCAGUGGCAAGAUAUGUUAGAAAAAAUGAUAAACCAUUUGGUGGUAUUCAGCUCAUUCUCUGUGGUGACUUUCUCCAACUGCCACCAGUUGUUGAAAAAGGCAAAACAGGCAAAAGGUUCUGUUUCCAAUCACCUUGUUGGGACAAGUGCAUUGAACUCUGCUUUGAACUUAAACAGGUCCAUAGACAAAAUGAUUCUGAGUUCAUUUCAAUUCUCAAUAGCAUAAGAAUUGGAAGAGUCACAAAGGAAAUAAGUGACCGUCUCACUGGUACAUCCAGGCAAAAGAUAGAAAGUGAUGGGAUUUUAGCAACCAGAUUGUGUUCACACACCAAUGACUCUAAAAUGAUCAAUGAUUCAAAGUUAAGUGACUUAGAAGGUGAACAAAAAGUGUUUUCUUCACAAGAUAGUGACAAUGCUACAAAAUUACUUGACAUGCAGACAAUAGCUCCUUCAAAACUAAUGCUCAAAAUUGGAGCCCAAGUCAUGUUACUGAAAAAUAUUAAUGUCAAUGCUGGCUUAGUGAAUGGUGCUAGAGGUGUUGUUGUUAGAUUUGAAGAAGGGUUUCCUGUUGUAAGAUUUAAAAAUAAAAAGGAAUACACAGCCAGGUCUGAACGUUGGUAUGUUAAGAAUUCAAAUGGGUCUUUGCUGUGCCGCAAGCAAGUUCCACUUAACCUGGCCUGGGCAUUUUCUAUACACAAAUCUCAAGGUUUGACUCUAGAUUGUGUUGAAAUGUCUUUAUCUAAAAUAUUUGAAGCUGGGCAAGCAUAUGUAGCAUUGAGUAGAGCACAAAGUUUAGAUACACUUAGGGUUUUAGACUUUGAUUCUCGUCAUGUUUGGGCUGACCCAAAUGUUUUAGAAUUUUACCAGAGAUUUAGGAGGCGUUUACAGCAGAUGGAAAUAGUACCACUUGGAAGACCUUUAGCUGAUAAAAGUAAUAAGAAAUUAAAAUUGAGAGAUAUACUAGAGAAACAGUUAAGACGUAAAUAA